AUGCGCCUCGAGGCUGGGGGCUGGGCGGGGCCAGCCUCAGGGGACGGUGCCUCGAGGCCGGGGGUGGUCUCAGGGUACGGCGCCUUGAUGCCUCGGGGCAGGGUCGGGGAGGCCUCGGGGUACGACGCCUCGAGGCCGAUGAAAGGGGUUGAGGCCGCCUCGGGGGAUGACACCUCGAGGUCGAGGGGCGGGGCAGGGGAGGCCUCGGGGUACGGCACCUCGAGAACGGAGGGGGUGGUGGGGAAGACAUCGGGGCAAGGCGCCUCCAGGUCGGGGGAGGGCGGGAGCGGCCUUGGGGCACGACGCCUCGAGGCCGGGGGGAAAAGGGCCUCAGAGCACGGCGCCUCGAGGUCGGAGACAACCUCGAAGCACAACGCCUUGAGGCCGGGGUGGGAGCGGCCUCGGGGCACGACACCCCGAGGUCGGAGGAGGAAGCAUGGCCGGGGGGUCACGGGGUACGACCCCCCAAGGCCGGGGGCGUGGCGUGGCAAUAUCAGGGAACGACGCCUCGAGGCCUGGGGGCGGGGUGGGGGAUGA